AACAAGAAUUAUUUCCGUACUCGCUGCUUCCACAGUCGCUUCCGCCUAUGGCUUCAGCGACGGUAUCGUGCUCUUCCUCUUCUGUUCCUUCAGCUCUGCAUUGUUUCGAACGCCAAUCAUACUACGAAUCGCAUCUCUCCUUUUCCAAUUGCAACAUUUCCUCCUCGAUCUUCCUCCAUGAGAGCUUUAUCGACAUCUGCAGCAGUAGGAUUCCUCCGACGGCGCCAGUUCCCCACAGCCAUGCUCCAUUCUUCCCCGGCCGCCGCCCAUGUCUUCUCCGCCACCGCCUCAUGCGCCACAGCGACCGCCUGUCAGUGGGAUCCAUCCCUCGACCUGAGGCUCCACCACCCCACGCUUCUCCUCCUCGAGAAGCACUGCAACUCCCCCGCCCACUUCAACCAGAUCCUCGCCCAGAUGAUGAGGCUCCACCUCACCGCUGACACAUUCCCCAUGAGCCGUCUCCUCGCCCACUCCACCGCCGCCUCUCGCCUCUCCCUCGCCUUCCGCCUCUUCACCCACUUCGCUCCCUCUCCCAACCUCUUCAUCUACAACCUCAUGAUCUCCGCCUUCUCCUCCUUCCCACGCCAAUCUUGCGACCUCUACAAGUCCAUGCUCUCCUCCCCCGUCGCCCUCGAUGAGCGGACCUUCCUCUCCCUCCUCAAAUCCGCUUCCAAAAACGCACCUUUCGGCCGGCAGAUCCACGCCCACGUCGUAGUCUGUGGUUUCAGCUCACUUGUCUACUUGCAGAACAGUCUGAUGAAGAUGUACUUGGACGCCGGAGACGCUGCUUCUGCACGUCAUGUGUUCGAUCAUAUGCCCGAACAGGAUCUCGUUUCGUGUAACAUCAUGCUGUCUGGGCUUGCCAAAGAGGGACGCUGCGUGGAAGCACUGGAGUUGCUUAGAUACAUGGAAGCUUCGGGUAUUGAACUGGACGAAUACACCAUGGUCGGCCUUCUUGUGUGCUGCUGCCAGCUUAAGAAUGCACGUCUUGGAAAGGCUGUUCAUGGAAUGAUCAUAAGAAAGAUGGCUCUCAGUGGCGGCAGCAGUAAUAGUUGCUUGAUUUUGAACAAUGCUCUCAUGGAUCUAUAUGCUAAAUGUGGGGAGCUCGACCUAGCAGUCGAGGUAUUCAAUAAAAUGCUCGAUAGAGACUGUAUCUCAUGGAACACAAUGAUCACUGGGCAUGCAAGUAAUGGACAAUUGGAUCUUGCCCGUAGGUUUUUCAAUGAAGCGCCUAGGAGGGACCUGGUCUCAUGGAAUGCUCUCCUUGUUGGGUAUGCCCAGGCUGGUGAUUUGAACAUGGCAAUCAAACUAUCGCAACACAUGCUUGUUGAAAGUGUUCGACCUGAUAGGGUGACUGCCGUUGCAUUAGUUUGCACUGCAGCGGAGACUGGAGAGUUGAGUCAUGGAAGGUGCAUACAUGGUUGGGUGCACAAGGGAUAUGGAGCCCUGGAUGCCUUCCUGGGGUCAGCACUGAUAGAUAUGUACAGCAAGUGUGGAAGCAUCGAGAGAUCUCUUGUCAUUUUUAACCAUGUUUCAAAGAAGGAUGUCACACUGUGGACAGCCAUGAUCACUGGUCUUGCUUUCCAUGGCUAUGGAGCAAAAGCCAUGGAGUUGUUUGUCAAAAUGCAAGAAGAAGGUCUGAUGCCCAACAAGGUCACUUUAGUUGCAGCCCUUACAGCUUGCAGCCAUGCAGGCCUGGUGGAUCAGGGGACUGAAAUCUUCAAAUCCAUGAAGCAACGAUACAAUGUUGAACCUGGCAAGGAGCACUAUGGGUGUAUGGUUGAUCUUUUCGCCCGAGCAGGGCAGCUGAAGGAAGCUCUACAUGUGGUAGAAAGCAUGCCGAUGAAGCCAACUAGGUCAAUAUGGGGAGCCAUCUUAAGCACCAGCAAGGCUCAUGCAAACUUGGAGCUUGCAGAGCAUGCUUUAACAGAACUUCUCAAGUUGGAACCUGAGGAAGAAGGAGGAUAUGUGUUGCUCUCCAAUGCAUAUGCUGCUUGUGGCAUGUGGAGCUCUUCAGAUAGAGUCAGAGAGAUGAUGGAGAGAAUGGGUGUUAAAAAGAUUGGGGGUUGCAGUUCCUUGUUGGUUGAUGGUGUUGUCCAUGAGUUCAUAUCUUCAGAUAAGAGGCAUAGAUUCUGGCCUGAGAUUUACGACACCUUAAAUUAUCUGCACAAAAUGAUGAAGAUAGAUGAAGAAAGAGUACAAUAAUUUGGGUUAGAGACGUUCUACAAAACACAAUUGACCUAGAGAAGUCUGACCUUUAAAGAUGAAUCCAAAUUGACUUCUUGCUCAAGAUUAUCUUGUCUUCUUUUUUCACUGAGAUUACCAAUUUUUUCCUCUGCGAAGACCAGAGACCUUGUGUGAGUAGACUCAACAUCAUUCUUACACUGUAAUCUGAGUUAUUAUAGACUUUUGCACUGUACAAUUCUGGAGAAAUUC